AUGGGAGUAGCUAUCGCCUUGGAAGUUCAUCUGAAAGAACCUCUUGCCUGGGAUGGUGUUAUCUUUGUGGCUCCAAUGUGUAAGAUUUCAAAAGAUGUAAAACAUUCUAAACACUGUUUUCCAAACCAAAAGAUCUUUCCAAAGAAAGACAUGAGGGAGCUCUUCUUCAGAGACUCUACUAAAAGAAAACUAAAUGGUAAUGAAUGUGCUCUUACCUCCUCACCACUUCCUAUGACCCUCGAAUUCAAGCCUAGUAUGGCUGUUAAAUCUUCUAACCCUCGAUCUCAGGAUUCAGAGCCUAUGUUAUAA